AUGCAAUGCAAUCACUUGUGGUCAGUGGACAACUGCGGAACCGUUCACUCGUUGGACAUUAAAAGUAAACAAUGGUCUCAAUUGUCUUACCAGAGGCUUGAGUUCAAGCGGGUCUCGUCGUCGCCGCAGUCUAUUUGGGCGAUCGGUGGCGACCAUCAGAUCUAUAUAUACGUGCCGUCAAAUGAUAUACCCAUCAGAGUCUGUGACCUCACGUACGAGAAUCAGCGGUGGAAUCCUUUGAAUCAAUUCAGUUCAUCGCUUCUGCCGACAGACAGACCGCAAUUCAGUUGCGCCGACGGCUCACUCGCUUUGCCCAAAGAGGGCUUCGUUUUGCCGUCAAAGGGCUGGUCCUACGAGAGUGACUGGUAUAUCGAGACCAACAUCGAGGGCGAACCGUUAGAGCCCGAGGGCUGGUCCUAUGCCAUCGACUUUCCCAUGAAGUUCUCGAGCGAAAAGCAUUGGAGUUCACUCGUCAGACGCCGACGUUGGCUCAGAUUCCGCAGGUAUGUUUGUAUCAACGAAUGGGCACUCGUGGAGUCAAUUCACGGCGAUUUUGUGACCGAACCAUUCAUCGACAUAUCGACGGGCGGUUACGAAAUGUCCGGCAGUGAUAACGAUAUGUUAGCCGUUUGGGCGGUGACUGUCAUCGGACGAGUGAUUUACAGGAAAGGGAUCGACAAAUACUCACCCGAAGGCGUUUCAUGGGUUAACGUCAAAGUGCCCGUCGGUUGGGAAGUGAACCAAAUAUCGUGCGGACCGACGGGACUGGUUUGGGCGGUCGCGUGGGACGGAUCGGCAUUAGUCCGCUCGGGAGUCAAUAGGGAUACUAUUUAUGGGAAU